GAGAAAAAGAAACCUAGCUCAUCUCUCCCCACCUUCACGUGUUGUCCCCUAAGAAAAGAAAAAAAAAGGAUCUCACCUCUUGUUAUGCCUCACGACCACUACCGGCGACCUCUCUGGCAAGCCCACCUCCGACGACCUCACCCCAACGACGGCACGACGGCUCCAACCUGUGGCAGCAGCAGGCGCGAUGGUCUUCGUUCGUGACAGCAGCAGGUACGGCGGACUGCGGCGUUUUAGGAGCGAUUUUCGGCGGCUCGACGUCUGAACAGUCGGGCCCGACGUCCCUUGGUGGUCCUGAAACCUUCGGUACGAGUUUUUCCCACCGUGCACAACGAUAUUGGUACUAGUUGACGUUUUUCCCUGCUGCAAAAAACGUAAACAGCAGCUAUUAUUGGUGUUCGGCGACUACCCGCGUCCGUUAACAACCCGAUCUACGCAAUCCACGCCCCAUCGAGUUAGAUCUAAGUUACCUACACCCGAACGAAUUCGAUUUUGGUGGUGUUGAAUCAACUCGUGGUUUGGAAGCAUAGCAGUGUGCCAUGGUGUGAGGGCUCGUAGAUGUUAUUGAUGGUUGCGUUCGUUCUGAAAGUUGUUUUGAGGUAGGGGUGUAAAUUAUUGUAUAAUAUGUCCCAUUAUCAAGGGGACGAUACUGAUUACAUGGCUGACGAGUACGAAAUGGAAGACAUUGAUGAUGAUAUGGACGAUGAGUAUCAUGAAAGAGAAGUGGAAGGCUCUGAUUCUGAUGCUGAUGAAUUCAACUCGAAUAGUAGAAUAGUUGACACCACUGCAGCUCAAGCGAGAAGAGGGAAAGACAUUCAAGGCAUUCCUUGGGAGAGACUUAGCAUUACGAGAGAAAAGUACAGGAAAACCAGGCUUGAACAAUACAAGAACUAUGAAAAUAUCCCUAAUUCAGGAGAGGGGUCAGAGAAGGAUUGCAAGGUUACUGAGAAAGGAUGUUCGUACUAUGAAUUUCGCCGAAAUUCGAGAUCUGUGAAAUCAACUAUUCUUCAUUUUCAGUUGAGGAACUUAGUAUGGGCUACGUCAAAGCAUGAUGCAUACCUUCUAUCACAUUUUUCUGUUAUUCAUUGGUCAUCAUUAAGUUGCACCAAGUUGGAAGUUCUCAAUGUUUCGGGACAUGUGGCACCUACAGAGAAGCACCCUGGGAGCUUAUUGGAAGGAUUUACACAGACACAAGUCAGUACACUUGCAGUGAAAGAUAAGCUACUUGUUGCUGGAGGAUUUCAGGGAGAGCUUAUUUGCAAGCAUCUAGACCGCUCAGGCGUUAGUUUUUGUUCCAGAACAACUUAUGAUGAUAAUGCUAUAACUAAUGCUGUUGAGAUAUAUACCAGCUCUAGUGGUGCAGUUCAUUUCACUGCUUCUAAUAAUGAUUCUGGAGUCAGAGAUUUUGAUAUGGAGAAAUUUCAGCUUUCUAAGCACUUCCGUUUUCCUUGGCCAGUUAAUCAUGCUGCCUUAAACCCAGAUGGCAAACUUCUUGUGAUUGUUGGUGACAAUCCUGAAGGUUUAUUGGUGGACUCGCAAACUGGAAAGACAGUUGCAUCACUAUGUGGGCAUUUGGAUUUUUCAUUUGCAUCGGCAUGGCAUUCCGAUGGCGUCACCUUUGCCACUGGGAACCAAGACAAAACUUGCAGGAUUUGGGAUGUAAGAAAUUUAUCAAAGUCAGUUGCUGCUCUGAAAGGCAACCUUGGAGCCAUACGGUCCAUCCGCUAUUCCUCCGAUGGUCAGUACAUGGCAAUGGCAGAACCAGCAGACUUCGUGCACGUGUUUGACGUGAAAAGCGGGUACAAGAAGGAGCAAGAAAUCGAUUUUUUUGGAGAGAUAUCUGGAUUAUCGUUCAGUCCUGACACGGAAUCUCUCUUCAUCGGAGUAUGGGAUCGAACAUAUGGUAGCCUUCUCGAGUACCACAGAUGCAGAAAUUAUGGUUACCUUGAUUCGCUGUACUGAGUUUGGAGUAUAAACAAAAGAACCUGCCAAUAAGAUGGGUUGUGAAAGUGAAAACUGUUUAAUUAACAUUGUAACAUGUAGUGUUUGUAAGUGUAUAUUUAGUAUGUUGUGGAACCAACAAUAGCCUUUAUCUAUUCUGAUUUAAUGGCACUUUGGUUCUGAAGAGACACAGUUUGAGCAUAUGCAGAAGGGAGUGUAAAGUGGGGGAGUGGUAAUGAUGAAUACAUGGCCAGGGUGUCACCUCUUUGCAAAUCAGUGUUCAGAAAUUUAUGUGAUUAGAAAUAUCAGACUAAGAGAUUUGUGGA